AUUCCUGGCAGUGUUGAUAAUUAUACCCUGGGCCCUAGAUUUUUUGGUACAUGACUAUGUUCUCAUGCCUUUUUUGGACAGAUAUGUGAAGACUGUCCCACUUGCAGCACAAAUUUUUGAUGUGAGAAGAAAUCAAAAGCUUGAAAUGGUAAAAGAAUUAAAGAUGGACAAAGCUAGAUACCGGCUUGAGGUAGAGAUCGGAAAAUCACCAUCUCUUUCUGAUGAGGAAGUUUGGUGGGAGUUACGGCAUAGAGCAUUAGAGUUGAGAGAUGAGUGGAGGUUAGAGAAUCGUAGAGCAUUUGCCAACAUAUGGUCAGAUAUGGUAUUUGGGAUCUCAUUGUUCAUUCUUUUAUACUUCAAUCAGACUAAAGUAAGUUACCAUUACUCUAUUUGCCUAUUGCACUCCCUUGCAUGAAUCUUUGUCUAUGAAUUACUGCAGACAACACUAU